CCCUCUGCCUUGUGAACGAAAGAGCUAGCUGCCUAGCUGCCAACAAUGGCCGUCCCGGCUAAAGCCAGCAGCUCCUUCUCCAUGGCCUGCCUCUUGGCCGCCAUCUUCCUCCUCUCCUCGGCGCCACGGAGCCACGGCGGCAGCAUCGCCAUCUACUGGGGCCAGAACGGCAACGAGGGCACCCUGGCCGAGACCUGCAGCACCGGCAACUACGCCUUCGUCAACAUCGCCUUCCUCUGCAGCUUCGGGUCGGCCCAGCAGACCCCGCAGCUCAACCUGGCGGGCCACUGCGACCCCUACUCCGACGCCUGCACCAACCUCACCGCCGACAUCAACCUCUGCCAGUCCAAGGGCGUCAAGGUGAUGCUCUCCAUCGGCGGGGGCGCCGGCGGGUACACGCUCAACUCCGAGCAGGACGCGGCCGACCUGGCCAAGUACAUCUGGGACAGCUUCCUCGGCGGGAGCUCGCCCAAGCGGCCGCUCGGCGCCGCCGUGCUGGACGGCGUCGACUUCGACAUCGAGGGAGGGAACCCGGACUACUACGGCGCGCUGGCGGCGCACCUCAAGGCCUACGGCGGCAAGGGCAAGGGGGGCAGCAAGGAGGUGUACCUGUCGGCGGCGCCGCAGUGCCCGUUCCCGGACCAGUGGGUCGGCAAGGCGCUCGAGACGGGCCUCUUCGACUACGUGUGGGUGCAGUUCUACAACAACCCGCCGUGCCAGUACGUGCAGGGGGACACGGCCAACCUCAUGGACUCGUGGAAGCAGUGGACGUCGGGGGUCCACGCCAAGUACAUCUUCCUCGGGCUGCCGGCGGCUCCGGCGGCGGCGGGGAGCGGGUUCAUACCGGCGGGGAGCCUGGAGUCGCAGGUGCUCCCGGCGCUCAAGGGCUCCAGCAAGUACGGAGGGGUGAUGCUGUGGUCAAAGUUCUACGACGACCAGGACGGCUACAGCUCCGCCAUCAAGAACGCCGUCUGAUGAUGAUUUGAUGAUCGAUCGCAUUCCUGCACGAUUCGGGUUAUGGGCAUCGACAGUGUGUGUAUAGUUGUGGCGCAUGUGUGGUCUGGCAAUUGGCGUAGUUGAUUUAUCUGUGCACGCAGCGGGAUUUAUAUCGAAUAAAAGGAUUAUUUGUCACAUCUACAGUGUUCUGCUCCUGGACUUACAGUCAUUAAAUCAUACUCCCCCUCCCAUAAUAUAAAAUGGUUUUUUAAGCUAAAACAGCUUGCAAAAACAUCUUACAAACAGCUUGGUCCCAGAGGUUGUAAUUCAGAAGAACGCGCCAAUCAUUUUCAAAUGAUACAAGACGAGAUCUGUGGCCGAGGCACUCUCAAAUAGUAACACAUGGAUCAACGACAUCAGAUGUACACUUCCUGUCCAGGCCACUGGAAUUCAUGGACUUGUGGCGUCUUCGUCUCGUAC